AUGCCUGCGCCAGUUCCAUUUUCACCAGAGAACGUAAAGUUAGUUGUAUCUCUAUACAGAAGAUCAUUGAGAACUGCAAGAAAUUGGAUUAACCAGCAGCACUUCUACAGACAAAAGGCUGCGGAAAUCAGACUCAGGUUUGACCAACAUAAAAACAUUUCCGACCCAGUGGAACUACAGAGGGUUUUGAAGGAGACUGGAGAAUUGUUGGCUAAGUACCAACACCCUGAUCCAAUCAUUCCACCAAAGAGACCGGGUGGUAUUAUGUAUGAUAGAAAUGCCCCACCAAGACACGUGGAGGGUCCAAAGAAUUUCAUGAACACCAUCAACGAUGUUUAA